AUGGAAGGAGAAAGCAAAGUGAAAGAUCAUGAGUCCAAGGAAGAACAAACGAGGAUUUAUAAAAUUCUGCUCCUAACCUAUGCAAGAAGAUUGUCGAAAUAUCAGGACCAAAUAAAAAAUAUUUAUUUUCACCAUAACAUCAUUUCAGCCAUAAAGGAUGAAACGGGAGAUUAUUACCUAAACGAGAAUGUCACUUCCCAACAUCAUUUUAUCGACACAUUAAUUAAAUCAAAUGAGAACCAGGAAUUUUUAAAAAGCAUACAGUUGAUUGAGAGCAAGGGGGAUAAAGGCGAACAUACGGUGAAUGGUGAUCUCAAUGGGGACCCCCCCAGCGGAAAUAGAGAAAGUAGCAAUAAUGGUAGUAAUAACAACAGGGAAAGUAACAACGACGGGGUGAAUAACGAAGCAAAUGGUACCAACCAAACGAACCAAAGGUCCCAUUUUAAUAACUACAUUAUGGAUAUCAUGGAAAGGUUUCACUUAUUCCUUCUGUUGAAAAUAUUAUUUGUUUUAUUUUUAUUUGAAGCAAGUUUAAAAAUGUAUUUUAUCGUUUCUGGAUUGUUUAUACUGUACAACAGAGGCUUUUUCGACCUCCUAAUUAGCAAUUUUAGUUUUAUGUCAAGUAACGAAUCUAUAGAACAGGUUCUAAGACGCAUGAGAGAAUCGAGAAAUAUGAAUAAUAUUCUGGUUAACGAACACACAGAACAAAUGAGUAAUUUGAAUGGAGGAGCGCACCACAUUAAUCAACAAGAGGGGGAUAUUAUGGAGCACAACAACAGUCAAGACCUCGCAUGCGAUUUGCAAUUUAUGCAAGAUGGAAGAGAAGCCGAAGAAGAGUUAGACAACGGAACGGUGGGUCAGGGAGAAGAAAACACACAUAAUAAUAAAACGAACAAACGGGAAGAAGUAUCAUCAACUGCUUUGCAUCCUAUGAAUUCCAUGAAUGAUGAAACAGAUCCCGUUCAUGCUACAGGGAAUGAGGGAGAUCCUGUAGAUGGAGAAGAUAACCAAUUUGUAAGUGAGUUAUGUGACGAAUUUAAUUAUCAACUUAAUGAUGAUAAUUCGAAAGAGAUACAUGGAAUCGGGCAUAGUGCCAGUGCAACAUGUGGAGAAAAAAAUAAAAAAAGAAGUUUAUUUUUUUUUAAAAAAAAAAAGAUCGAUCAGAAGACACACGGAACUGAAUUAAGCGUAAAAAAUAGUUCCCAUGAGGAAUUUAACUCGUCCAUAAAAUUAAACGAAAAUUUAAACCAAAAUUUGGACGAAAAUUUAAAUGAAAAUUUAAACGAAAAUUUAGACAAAAAUUUAAAUGAAAAUUUAAAUGAAAAUUUAAACGAAAAUUUAGACAAAAAUUUAAAUGAAAAAUUAAAUGAAAAUUUAAAUGAAAAUUUAAAUGAAAAGGGGGAUAGCAGCUAUUUGGACGAUGCUACGGAUGAGUUUUUUCGCGAAAUGGGUACCGCGAACAGUGGCGACGCUGAGAAUCUCCUCUGCGCUGGUGUGAGAAGACGAAAAUAUAUUACCAGCGGUGAUCAGAAGAGCGGCAACAAUGAUGAUCUUAAUGGCGACAGUAGCAAUGCGCGUAAUGAUAGCGCAAGCAACACGCGCAAUAACAACAAGAUGUAUUUCCACGACAGCUCUACGACAUUUAACAAUCUGUUAAAUAACAGUACCAGUGAAUUUGUCAACUCCGAUUGUGACGAUUCGGAGAAUAACAUAGACAGUGGACAAUCCUACUGCAGUAAUUCUUCCGCAUUGAAGAAGAAAAACCCACCUCACAACAUGCCAGAGGAGGGGGAUAAUAACACCACCAUUAAUGUGAGACGAAAGCCAACCAAGUUCGAAAAAUAUAUUUACCAGUCGGUUGUCAUGUUUUUUAUGACUCUGCUACCCUGGUGGGUGCCAGAUGUUGCCUAUCUGGAGGAUUGA